GUGAAAGCUCGUGCGCAAGCCAACUGACUACUGAAUGAUCCAGAGGAAGUGGCUGGUGAUGUAGUCCACACCUUUCCGGUAGAUCAGAGUAGUACUGCAACUCGGCUGAAAAGGAGAGAGAGAGACGAAAGCGGGUCGGAAAUUACUGAGAGAGGAGGGGGGAAACAGAAGGGGGACAAGAAGGGAUUUUAUUUUAUUUUAUCAAUGACCUUAGUCACCGGGACUUUAGGAGAACGGGCUCCUACGAACGAGUGGGUAGCCCAGCGCGACGUUUGAUGGAAUAGCUGCAGAAAAUUGCCUUUCUCCUCGGGUGGUGUUGAUCCGAACAAGGACGAGGAGGGGGACCUCGAGACACAUUCACCAAGAGGAAGUAAGAAGAACCGCAGGUUUUUUGGAGGGCCUAUUCAAUAGUAUGAACAUUUUGUAACGGCUACAAUUCAGAAGUAACAAUAUACUUACACGGCUUGACAUACAAUUGACUUUCCUGACCUUUGGGUACACAUGUGAACUUGGAUGUGUCAAACUUAUGAAGUUAUGAACAGCAAUACUCCAAGUUAGCUAAUGGUUUGCCACCAGGAAUAUUAUUGCCAGUUUGAGACACCCUUCUUUGGCCGACACAUUGUGAAGCAUUGAUUGACCCGCACAUGGCUCAGCGUGAGCUUCAUAUUUCACACCAUGUCCAUUUGAAAUUUGUUGCAGAGUUAAGCCCGGUUAAGCAAAUAAAGUUAACCUGCAUGGUUUUGACAUUAAGGAAGUAACAAGGGAAAUAUUGAAGAAUCCAACCCAUUUUUUCAUUUGGAACGGAAUAUUUAUGCACUGUUUACAUGAUGGGGAAAAUGCUAUCGAAAAUCUUUGGCAACAAGGAGAUGAGAAUAUUGAUGCUUGGACUUGAUGCUGCUGGAAAGACCACCAUCCUUUACAAACUGAAACUUGGACAGUCAGUCACCACAAUUCCCACAGUUGGUUUCAAUGUCGAGACUGUCACUUACAAAAAUGUAAAAUUCAAUGUAUGGGACGUUGGAGGCCAAGAUAAGAUCCGUCCCCUGUGGCGACACUACUACACGGGCACUCAAGGGUUAAUCUUCGUUGUGGAUUGCGCAGACAGAGAUCGCAUCGACGAGGCCAGGCAGGAACUCCAUCGCAUCAUUAAUGACCGUGAGAUGAGGGACGCCAUCAUCUUGAUUUUUGCCAAUAAGCAAGACCUGCCCGAUGCCAUGAAACCACACGAAAUCCAAGAGAAACUAGGAUUGACCCGCAUCAGAGAUAGGAAUUGGUAUGUUCAGCCCUCCUGUGCAACCACGGGAGAUGGACUAUAUGAGGGGUUGACAUGGCUAACAUCAAAUUACAAAUCCUAAUGAUUGAGUGAUUUACUGUUUUAGAUUAAACUACAAAAAAGUCAAAUCGAGGCAAGUAACAUAACUUUACUUCUCAAAUAAAUAUAUAAUAAAGAGAAGUUUGAUUAUCGCCAUUUAUUUUGAUUACUAUGAUGACCCUAUAACUAAUUUAUCUUUAUAAACUUGGUUUUCUGGCUUAUAGUUUGCUUCUACUUUGCUCUUGAGAACCCAAGGUGUCUUACAGCCGGUCCCCGUCUUGGGUUCUUAGCUGAUGGUAUGGAGGACAACUGGCUCCAUGUGAACUACAAUCCAGACGCUCUGUUUUAACGUUUAGAAACGUUAAUAAUACUUGCUUGCGAUACAGUUUUGGAAACCUUUUGAAACUUAACUUUCACAUCAGGGUGAAAUAAUAGUUAAAAUACAAAUGAUACACUAACUGUACGCAGUUUAGCAAAGUUGCAUUCUGGCUGCACACGGCAGAUUUUUUUUUAAAUCACAGCCCAAUGCCGAGGUAUGAAACUUCCUCCCCAGUUAAGGUAAAUUCACACUACGGAAGGCGCAGUGUUGCAACGUUGUUUUUCGUCACAAAAGGGGCAGCUCCUUGUAUUACGCUCUGGCAUUCAACGUACUUUUGUGCUACCUUAACAUUUUGGAGCGCCGUAACAUUCCUUCCGCAACGUGGGGGCAGUGUUGCUGUUUGGUUCCUUGAUCUGAUCAAUAGGCUAUAUGCAGGGCUCUCCAACCCUGUUCCUGGAGAGCUACCCUCCUAUAAGUUUUCACAUGGAGAUGUGGGAAGCUAAAAAGGCUAGCUAGCUUGCUAUGUUUUUAGCCAGGCUGACGCCAAGCUGCCAGCUAGCUACUACUAGCAAGGGGAAGGCGACUCUUCCUUGAUUUCACAAAAUGAAAUUACAAAAGUAAAAAAAAAAAACGUUGCUGUCGCCCCGUUGUGAAUGGGAGUGGGACCGGUGAGGAUUUCAUGUUAUCAACAGGUGUCCCCUGCUCCAAAAUUCGCACACCCGUAGAUCAAUCAGCUUGUAGUAACCUUUCCCUCCGAAGUGUAGUCUGUUGGAGGCGGUGUUCUUGACAAUACAGCCGGGUGCAACUUUCCUAAACUGCUUAGAGUAAGCUUAUAUUUUGUAUUGGAAAAAUACUUUUUUGCUUAUAUGAAAGUUAAGUUCCAAAUGUUUCCAAAACUGUAUCGCGUGCAAGGCGUAUUUGAGUUUAGACAGAGCAUUUGGGCAGCAUUGUUUUUUGUUUUUUUUCAAGUCUAAAGUCCUCACAAGUCCAAUGGCUCAAUGUAAUGCAAUGGAAUUUGUGUCAUGAAUAAGGGUUAGCUUCUACUCAGUAGCAAGCCCAUGUCACAUUAUGUGGCUUGAUGAAUAUCAAUUAAAUGUGUUCAUAAUUUAAAGCUACAAAGAUUACCAACUUUGCCUAUUCUUUAUCCCAUUUUUAUAUAUUUUCUAGUGGAGCUGGAUUUGUAUCUUUUCAUUAGGGCUAAGGCUUGGUUCAUUUAUGCUUUUAAGAUACUGUUGGAUUGUGGGUAACAUAAGGGUCUGAUUCAUAGUUUUUCCUUUCAGAACUAAAGUCUGGUGUUUAGUCUAGCUUGUUUGGGACAAUUACAACACCUUAUAUUAAACAUGUUUUUAAUACAGAAACCAUGUAGCAAAUGUAGGUAUUUGUUUUAGAUUGUAUUGACCACAACACUGCAAGAUGUGAUUUAAACUUUUCACCAUUGCGUACAUUUAAUUGUCAACAUUCUGGACAUUGUUGUGACAAAAUUAUGUCUGGAAAGACAUUGGCUGUGUCCGAAUACCCAUACUUUUAUGGUAUGUGCAAUGCCGAAAAUUGAGUAUGCUUUAAAUGCCAGGAUGUCAUACUCAUUUCGGGCAUUUCAUCUAGUAGAAUUCGCUGCACACUAUUGAGGAAGAUAAUCGUUUUUCGAGACCCAAGUGUGUUUGACAACAGCUAAUCAGAUAUGAUGCCCUUUACCAAAAUGAACGAAUGGCAGGAAUCAAUGCAAUUUCAGCAUUAGAUAACACAUUCUCAGUAUGGAUGAGCCCAGUAUGUUGAUAUUUGUUGCUUACUAAACGGUAUGUUUUAAAUAGUAUUUAGUACAGUUAGUACACAGUAUGCCGUGUUAGUAAGUAGAAGGCAAGACAGAUUUCGGACACAGCCAGAGUGUAGUGCUUAGACUCGCCAUCUGGAACCCAUUUGCACAAGUGAUUCCCUAUAGUGGUCUAUAUUGUGAAUUAAUUGGCCUUUUUGUGUACUCAUGUUUUGAUCCCAGAUUGUGCUCAAGCAUUAAACUGAAAAAGGCCUCUGGUAACUCAAACAUGCUUUUCAGAAUGCAGCUUUUGUUUAUAUGGUAACAUUGAUGGUUAUGAAGCCAAUGGACUCAAUAUUUCCAAAGGAAUGUAAUUCAGCUCUGAGCUCUCAACCUACUACUAUUCAUAUGUCUCAGGAUGCGAGACCUUUUACUAGCCUGUAUCUGCAGCAUGAGUACAGAAGUAUAGUAACCCUUCAGCAGAGUGGACCUGUCAUUCAAUGGGAGAGAGCAGCUCCCUGUUGAAAUGAUUACAUGUUUUGGUUCAGCUCUCUUAUUUCUAUGUUGACUUGGAGAACCAUGUACAGAACAAUGUCAUUGUAAUGUCUAAUUAAAAAAAGUCAUUUUAAA